AUGGAAAGCCUAGAUGAGAGCGGGGAAAUUAUAUCACAACGGGUGCUGCCGUUGUGCGGCAUUCUGUUGGCCGCAUUGGCAAUACUGCUAUCGGGAGAUGGCAUGCUGGGUGAGACUUAUAAGAUAUCAUCGAAUCAAAGUAAUGCAUUUGAUGUCAUAGAAGGGAUGUAUAUAGCCGACUCAGACUUCAAAUUUGAUCAGAACAUUCACGAAUACAAGAUCAAAGUGGAGAGCUGUUGUGACCACCUAGAGAUGUUAUUCCGUGUGAAGCCGUGGAUGAAAGUUGGCCGUGUUACAAAAAGCGGUGAUGUGGUGCAAAACCAAGGUUCCGGUGGAAGUGAAGGGUCAACUUCCCUAGUAGACAAGCUCAGCAAACUCUGGGGGACACUGUUCGGUAAAAAGGCUAACCAUGAGGGAGAUGAACGCACAUCAGUGCGCGAUACUGGUGCAAAUGCACCAGCAGAAGAUGAGACGGCGGAAUCUGUAAAGGACAACGAUGUAGUAGUUGAUGAAACGAACGACUUGGACGAGGUCGAAGUUCGUAUCGCCAUAAAUGGCAUACAGAUAGAUCCCGGUGACGAGGGCUAUGCGAUGAUGCCCAUACGCUGUGGCAUCACAAGCAAAUUCUCCAUUGAAAUAACAUCGAUACGAGAACAUCAACCUUCGCAAACGGCUCAAUACUUGCUUGCCGUCGAGGUACCUGGUGGAGAGAAAAAUUAUCUUGAAGCCCUGGAAAUUACUCGAAGCGAUGGCAUGCCAGCACAGAUAUACCCUGCACUGUCGAAAGCGUAUCGAUCUUACACGGUGACUGGAAGGCACUUGAAGGGGGAGACCUUUAAGUUUUAUGCAGAGUGCCGGUAUGGUCUACCUUCCAUUGAUGACCUAACGACCCCCGACAAUGUAGUCAACGUGGAACUGAAAGAAGAAAACGUCAACAGAUAUGUGAAAAUCAGAUGUGGUGAAGUGCAUAAGCAGGAAAGUGAUGAAAUCGUGGAAGAGACCACUUACACCGUAACAUUUGCCACGUAUGCGGGGGAAGGAAUUCCUCCUCCGGUUAGAGUUAUGCCGCUCUUUGACUCCACUAAAUGCCAAAUUAUGGAAGACAUGUCCGAUGGUAAUGGGUUGAUUGUUUGCUCGGAAUUGACUCAUCGAUUCUCUCCCUUGGUCGUGGAAACCGAUCCUAAUUACACGUACCUUAUACCCACAUCGUAUGUAGUAGACGGAUACGUAAAGGAAGUCCACGAAUAUGAUAAGGAAUUCAUUAGAGUGCGACCUGGUGUAGUAACUCCGGUGUUCGAUAUGUCGGAAGGUAUAGUCAUUCACGGUAUAAGCGACGAUGAGUUCAAGACGUUCGUCGUAACAUCGAGGACGGCGGUGAAGCCGAUUGCCGAAAUGCAGCACAGCAUCGUGGCAGCGCUAAUAGUGGUGGCUUAUUGGGCCAGCGUUAUGACAACAUUACUGCCGCAUAUAGUAAGAGUUCAAUUUGGUGUCAUAUUUGAGACGGUCCCUGUCACAGGAGAACCACUCCUUUACCUUGCCCAGGUGAUUUGUGCAGGCGCCGAUGAAAAGACGAGCAAAAUAUGCAGCCGUUUCAUCAUGUUGCCGAGCAAGAGAUAUAAUACCGAAUCUCCAGUACAGAUGCUGUUCCAUUUCUAUGUAAGCCUGGCAAUUCUCCUUCUCCUGUUGUUAAUAGCGUUGGCCAUACGAAAAGAAACGACGGAUGGCAUUGGAUCUCAUUCGUUGAAGCGGUACAUACCCGUUUAUGAAAUCACGAGACUUUUCGCCUUUCCGUGGAUGCUCCUAUCUGUCAUGACAGCAACGGGGCCUUUUAUGACAACCAUCGAUGAACCCAUUUUGGAAAUAGAAGUCGUACAAAAGCCUAUACAAGACAAUGUUAUGACGAAAUUGCUCGUGUCGAUGACCGAGUUUCUGCGACUAUACUGCGCCAUCCCUCUGGCCAUUCUCGUCCUCAUCGCCAUGAAACGUUACAUAGGGAAUAUCGUCACACGACUUGUGUUGACGUGGCGUAACAUCAAAGACGGUCACUACUUUUGGGUGAAAAACACAGACUUUUUUGACCACCAAUUCCAACAUAAGUACUCUUACUACGAGGGUAGCGAUACGGACCAGGUGGUUUCCGACAUGAAGGCUUACCAAGAGAAUAAAACCGAAGGUUUCUGGAUAAAUCGCAACAGCUACCUGCUAUCUACACAGUUAUGCAAUACGUACGUUGUUAGUGCCCAUAGUUAUACCAAUGGCAGAAUGACUACGAAAAUGUUCCCCAUGUUUAACCGCCGGUUCUGCGUAUUGACGGCCGAAAUAAAGGAGUUGGACCUAUACGAGACUCAUAUGCCGUUGGAAGCCAAAUCGUCACCUGUAUCACGUACGGAUUACGAUAUACUGAAUGAAACGGGCGCAUCCUUGGAGCUGAAUAUCCCCGAGGUGGUGGACGUAUACCCGUGGGAUGGUCCUACAUCAAAUAACGCUCCUUCAGCGGCACAGUCACGGAAUAUUUCUGUCUCAAAGAAGCGUACGUCGCCGCCAAAAUAUCGUAAUGUCCCACCAUAUGAUGGUCUGACAGGCGAUACGCCUCUGUGGGUGCAGCUGGACUAUAUCAUGAGGAUAGAUUCCCGGUUCUGGAACAAGGUUAUUGCUGCAGUGGACUCACGGCAUAUAACUUAUUAUAUCACAUAUAACCUUGUCAAAAACACCGCGCGAUUCUCCCAAGAUAUCGUUUUCAACGGUGUGUUAAAGAUGAGGACCAUAGUCCAGUCCAAGGUUAACCAGCUGCAGGCGGAUGACGGUGGAAGCAUUGGAAUUUUCCACAGGAAUAUGCGCCUGCCGUUGAUAGUCGAAGCAGUUGCGGCACUAAAGGUUUUUGACGGGUUAUGUGCUGCCGCUGGUCUCUUGUCGGGCACUAAAGUAGCGUCAUUGCUAACCGCCAUACAGAUCGCACUGCACGGAGCCGCAGCAACGGCAUUCCUGGCGGCGCGACCCUACGUAAGCAGGGCAGAUAACCACUUCUCAUUCGUCUGUAUGUUGUUGGGAGUGUCGUUCGCAACACUUUCAACAUUCGAGCAUCCGAACUCUAAGUGGAUUCUCGCACAGAACAUCAUACUGGGUAUUGUAAUCGCAUACGCCAUAUUCUCUACGCUCGCCUUCGUGAUUGAUACGAUUGCGAUCUUCUGGUUCGAUCAAGAGACCGAUGUUCCGUAUUCAAAUGUACAAGUUGUUGUCAAGGAUGCAAAUGCCAAGGUGGUGGACAUUAUAAAGGCUGACUGCCGCAAGCCAAUAGAUGUGGCAUUGGUAACAAUUAGCGACGAACAGGUUACUUUACUGAGGAGCCAUGAGGCCUCCAGAACACCGACAAUUGCCGUUUCUUUGGAGCACGUCGAAUAUUCGAGUUGGUACGUGCCGUACAUCACGAUCGCAUACUUGUCCAAUGCGUCGGAUGCCGACGCAAUAAACCAGAGCCAAGCGAAUCGGAGGUUCCUCAGGGCGCAUCUUUCGAGCAGGUUUAGCCCCCGUAUCGCUCAGUCUCUUGCCAGGAAGAUUGUCAACCACGUCGAUGACAAUCAACAAUACCGGUGCUUCUGCUUCUACGUUGCGGUGUGA